AUGGUAUCGCUCAAAACCUUCGUAGCCGCCACCUUAGUCGCCCUCCCCUCAGUGUCCGCCUACCUAGUGGGCAUGACGGCCCCCUCCAUCGCCGCAGCGGGGAGCACCAUCACCGCGACCUUCGACGUGGCCAUCUACAUACAGAACUGGCAGGAUUUCUCUAUCAUCUGGGGCCUGUCGACUAUUGAUCCGAGGUCGUGCCCCGACACCAUCUGCCUCGGAACUCAGAUCACCUACAACACGAUAUACCCCGAUAACCCAGACCCGGGUAACUACAACAUCGAUGUUAAGAUCCCAGCUACGCAGGCUAAAGGGAACUACACGUUGGUUGCUGCUGUGCCUUAUUUGGUCGGGGCUUCUGGCAUGACUGAUAUCCGCAACUUCACUUCCGCUAUCACUAUCACUUAG